AUGUCGUCGUCAUCGCCAUCGUCAACGACCACUCCAUUACCGUCGAAAUACGACUCAAAAAAAGAAACGGACAGCACUGCUGCACCGGUUGUUAGAAUGCGAACUAAAACACCUUUAUCUCAGACACAAACUCAGGUUGUUCCGAAUGGAACACCAAAUGGGACUUCCUUGGCGGUUCUUCAGCGUGGUCUUGAAGCCCUCAAUGAAGUAAGCCCAGAAAUUGAUGAUAACAUAGAGGGUAAGUUUUUCUUAUUUGGGCAUCGAAUUUUUUACAUUAUAGCCGUUGCUGAAAACAUUAAAAUCGUUGGUUGA